UCAAUCCGAGGCGGCUGCAGUGCUGCUGCUGGCGGCGACGGCUCUGGUUGUGGAGUAUCCAGCUUGCAAAUUAAUGAAAUUACGGCAUUAAUACUAAAAAAAAAAUCUGCUGAUUCAAUUUGAACAUCAAUAAGGACUUAAUUACAAAAAUAACGUGGCUGCGGAGGAAGAAAUACAAAUACAGCUUUUCGCCUUGUUUUACCGAAACCAGCACGUUCGAAUGUGCAUUGGCUUGUUCCGAUUCUGAUUAGCAGUUUCUAAGGAGGCAUUUUGGAAUACAUUUGGACGAAUACCACCGAAAGGGCAUCUGCAGUGUACAGUUCUCCAAACGGUGCCUACAUACGCACUGUUAAUUUGGAUCUUUACCGACAACUGUCGCUGGAUCGUGGGAUAGACUUUGGUGCAUUAAAAGGUGCAUUCUUCUCAUUUUUACAGUAUUUGCCCUACAACGGAGAAAGACGCGCUCUGGGACUAGAAACCUAUUUGUGAGAUUUUUUUUUUUUUUAAUCUCUUUUGGGAAUUGGGGAUGCCGUUUUUAAGUUUAUUUCUCUGGUUGUUUUUACAUUUGGAAGCCUUUUUUUAAGCGAAACCAAAAAAAAAAAAGGAUCGUCCGCUCUAGUGUGUUGUUGCUACCUUUCCGAAAGCGCCGACUGGGAGUGAUCGACCAUGACGAUGAUAAUGAGGAACUGGUUUUGGAAAUACUGCUUAGGAGUUUUGGUCAUAAUAUGCAGGAUAGCAUUAUCCCGUUCGACGAUUUUGGACUCCAUCUACUGGAAUUCAUCAAAUACCAAGUUUGCCCCCGGACAAGGACUGGUGUUAUAUCCACAAAUUGGGGACAAGAUGGACAUUGUUUGCCCAAAGCUGGACUCGCGACAGAGUGACAAGUAUGAAUACUAUAAACUGUACUUGGUUCCAAAAGACCAAGCGGAGAAGUGCAUUAUCACCAAAACGGACACCCCGUUACUGAACUGCGUCAAACCAGAUCAGGACGUCAAGUUUACCCUCAAGUUUCAGGAGUUUAGCCCAAAUCUGUGGGGGCUCGAAUUUUCAAGAUACAAGGAUUACUAUAUCAUUUCCACUUCAAAUGGAUCCUUGGCGGGCUUGGAGAAUCAAGACGGUGGAGUGUGUCAGACGAAUUCUAUGAAGAUUAUAAUGAAGGUCGGCCAAGGACCCAAUGACGGUCCCCGAAAAGGGACUCCGGCAACCAGAAGCCCCAAGAUGGCACCAGAAGCUACCAAUAAACCUUCGGAUCCAGGCAGACCACCCAACCCUGGAUCUGGCACAGAUGGGACCACCACAGCAGGCCAUUCCUCCAGCAUCGUUGGAUCUGAAGUGGCCUUGUUUGCUGGGAUCGCCUCCGGCUCUGUCAUCUUCAUCAUCAUCAUCAUCAUGCUGGUUGUCCUUCUGAUGAAAUACCGUCGAAGGCAUAGGAAACACUCUCCACAACACUCUGCGACGCUCUCUCUCAGCACCCUCGCAACCCCCAAACGCGGGGGAAACAACAAUGGCUCCGAACCCAGUGACAUUAUCAUCCCUCUUAGGACUGCGGACAGCGUGUUCUGCCCUCAUUAUGAAAAAGUCAGUGGGGACUAUGGACAUCCAGUUUAUAUAGUUCAAGAGAUGCCACCACAGAGCCCAGCGAACAUUUAUUAUAAAGUUUGAACUAGCAGGAGGACCACUGCUGAGGAAUAGUCAUAUAUAUAUAUUUUUUUUUAAAUGGAGAAUUCCCUGUUGAGCUGCGUUUUGUGGUUGGGGUUUUUUUCAGUGGCUAAUUGUGCACUAUGAAAGACUUGAACAUGAACUCCCAUACGAGAGAUCAAGAGAGCAACUUCGGUGGAUCGCCAUGGUUGUGGUGGUAUGCAAGCAGGCUUAUCUAAAACUGGAGUACCGGCUGAGGUGAAAUUUUGUUCCGAUGCCAACAUCCUGGGAAUUUUAAAGAAAGAAAAAAAAAACCAGAAGCAAAAAAGACUAAAUAUGAGGGAUGGCUUGAACAGAACAGAGCAUCGCUGACUGGAUGUUCUGCGCAUUAAAACAUUUUGGCCCUUGAAUUUUAUUUUAUUUUAUUUUACGUUAAGCAUAACUUUUUUUUAAUUUUAGGAGUUUCUCAAAGUAAGUCUGUAUUCUCCUUUUUCUUUUUUUUUGAAGUUUGCCACUGGUAUCACAACUCUAAUUACUUGAAGACACUUUGAUGUGCGUUUUUUGGUUUUGUUUUACUUCUUCCCAAACUUUUGAGGCAUUUUUUUUAUCCACUUUUAUGAAAUAUUGACACUGUUAAUUUGCAUGUAAACAUCACAAUUUCCCCCCCACCCAUACAUAAAAAGCCACAAACAGACUUAGUAGAUUGAAAAGUUUUCUUAAAUAAGUGGAGUGACGUGGGGAACAGGAGGCAAGUCCACUGGAAGGCUGAGCUUGGCAUGCACGUGGAGUUCACGUUGAACGGGGCCGCCACACAUUGAUGAUGAUGGUGGUGGUGGUGGUGCGCUGCUUACUUACGUUCCGCGACCCCUUGAUGUUUCUUUAAGUAGCACUUUGGUACCGGCGGACGCAGUCGGCUAAAAGGAACGGAGUAGAAAGGUGAAAGCGGAGAAUGUCGGAGAAGUGAGGGGGGCCGGCGUGGUGCGUUGCGCGGUCGUAUGGUCGCAGGAUUAUUUGUAGGUACAGGCAAUAAAACAAUUAAAAAAAAAAUAAAUAAAUAAACCUGUAAACUGCCUUACAGCUUGUUAAGGACCCUGGUCGUCUUCUGGUUGACGCCGAAGCAGACUGAGGUACUACGUCGACUGUUCUGUGAGUACGUUGCAGUGCAGGUCCUGUGAGUUUCACAGCAGUUCAUUGGUGCUCUUGUUCCACUGUAAAGCACAUUAAAUAGUUGCAGUUUAUUUCACUCAAUUUUAUUUUUUUUUUUUCCUGAAAAAUAACUGUACAUUCGGGGGCAGAAAACACUUAUUUAUUCUAGGUAAAUAUAGCACAUGACUUACGUGGUAUGAGAAAUGUAAUAAUAUAUUCUGGUAAAAAAGAAAAAAAAAUGCACAUUAUGCAAGCUAGGCUAUUUUUAUGUCCCUUUUUUAUUAAAUGUUCAAUCUGUAGCUGCCUUGUUCAAAUAAUAACCUAUAUCCAUGUAUAUUGGUGGGAGGGCGGGCGGACAUUGUGAGGGUUGUUUUUUUUUAAUUCUAUUUUAUUAAGUAAGCCCUAGCAUCUUCUCCCUUCAUGUCUCGCAUUACAGGAGGUGAAGAAACAGAAAUGAUGAUAAAUGGCUACAAACAAUAAAUACAAU